UCCACGAGAAUCCUCCUAUAUAAGAGAGCCGCGUCUCGUAUUUUCAGGUAUUACUCUGCUACCGCCAAUCAGCUCGUACGCUAGAAUCAACAUGUUCAAGUUGUUCCUCGUUGCCGCCUUGUUGGCUUUCGCCGCAGCUGCACCUGCACCGGCACCCGGUGCUAUUUUGAGUGCUCCUUUGGUAACCUCCUAUGCUGGUGCACCGAUCGUUUCCAAUCUCGGCACGCCAGUGGCUUAUUCGGCAUAUUCAGCGCCGCUUGCUUACAAUACCUACGCUUCACCGUACAGCUACGUACCUUACGCCUACAAAGCUGGAUAUUACAUCUAAGAAAAGGAAGAUACUCGUCACAGGACCCUGGCUACGAUUCAUCGAUUCCCAUUUCUUUUUCUUCCUUAUCAAUUAGUCUUCUUAUUAUUUUUUUUCCUCCCUCUCUCUCUCUCUCUCUCCCUCUCUCUUUCCUUGCCACCAUCUUAACCUUUCGUUACCUCCACGUAUUAUCGCCCGAACGUUCAAUAAACCGUCAACAAUAUGUCCCGAUAAAAUCCUUCCCACAAUUCUUUCCAUUCCCUUUAUUAUAUCGAUCUCAUCGAUCCCAAUCAUCAGUGAGCAUGCAACUAAAAAUCAAUAAAUCCGCUUGAAAAAGGCACA